AUGGAAACAACACUAUCUCCAAAUAUCCCUAAUGCUCCUCCUGAUGAUAGAUCAAAGGAAGUGUUGAGUGAAUUGGAAUAUGGGAAAUUAACCUCAGAUCAAUACUUGUACGUUUCAAAACAUCCUGUGGGUGAACCAUUACCAACUCCAAUCGAUGAUGAACCUCCUUAUAUCAUUUAUAUCGCUACUUAUAUAAGUUAUCUUAUCUUAAUCAUCAUUGGUCAUAUUCGUGAUUUCUUUGGUAAAACUUUUAAACCAAAUGAAUAUGAAGAUUUAGUUGAAAAAAAUGGGUUUGCUCCUUGGUAUGAUGGUUUUGAAAGUUUUUAUGUUCGUAGAUUAAAAACUAGAAUUGAUGAUUGUUUCGCAAGACCAAUCCAUGGUGCUCCUGGUCGUUAUAUUAAAUGUUUUAAUAGAAUAAGACAUGGUAAAACUGGUUAUCUUUAUGAUGGUACUUCCACUGAAUGUUUAAAUUUAUCAUCCUAUAAUUAUUUAGGUUUUGCUCAAUCAAAUGGUGUAUGUACUGACUUUGCUUUAAAAUGUCUUGAAGAAUAUGGUACUUCUGGUUGUUCUCCGAGAUCUUAUAUUGGUACUACUGACUUACAUAAAGAAUGUGAAAGAGUCAUUGCUGAUUUCGUUGGUAAAGAAGAUGCUAUCAUUGUAAGUCAAGGUUAUGGUACUAAUGCUAAUCUUUUUUCAUCUAUUGCCGAUCCAAAAACUUUAGUUAUAAGUGAUGAAUUAAAUCAUGCUUCUAUUAGAUUCGGUAUUAGAACUUCAGGGGCAUCAGUUAAAGUUUUCAAACAUAAUGAUAUGGUGGAUUUAGAAAAAUUAAUUAGAACUCAAAUCGCUCAAGGUCAAACUAAAACUCAUCGUCCUUGGAAAAAAAUCAUCAUUGCAGUUGAAGGAUUAUAUUCCAUGGAAGGUAAUUUAGUUAAUUUACCUAAAUUAGUUGAAUUAAAAGAAAAAUAUAAAUGUUACUUAUUCGUUGAUGAAGCUCAUUCUAUUGGAGCUUUAGGUCCAGAAGGAAGAGGAGUUUGUGAUUAUUUUUCUGUUGAUCCUGCUAGAAUCGAUUUAUUAAUGGGUACAUUAACUAAAUCAUUUGGUGCUACCGGUGGUUAUGUGGCUGCUGAUAAAGAUAUCAUUGAUAAAAUUAGAUUAAAUUAUAUCACUCAAAGUUAUUCUGAAUGUGUUCCACCUCCUGUAUUAGGUCAAAUCAUUUCUUCAUUAAGUGUGAUAAAAGGUACUUUAAAUCCAGGUGAAGGUAAAGAAAGAUUACAAAGAAUUGCAUUUAAUUCCCGUUAUUUAAGAUUGGGAUUAAAAAAAUUAGGUUUUAUCGUUUAUGGUGCCGAUGAUUCUCCUGUUAUCCCAUUAUUAUUAUUCUUACCUGCUAAAAUGCCGGCUUUUUCAAGAAUGUUAUACGAAUUAGGUAUAGCUGUUGUUAUCGUAAGUUAUCCUGCCACUCCAUUAAUUAGUGCUAGAGCAAGAUUAUGUGUAAGUUCAGCUUUAACUAAAGAAGAUUUGGAUUAUUGCUUGGAAAAAUUCAGUGAAAUUGGUGAUACUAUCUUUCUAAAAUUCAGUAGUGGUAUCGCUGGUGGUUCUAAAAUCGCAGGUACACCUCCAAGAUGGUCAAUUGAAGAUGUUAUUGCUACCAAUGUUGAAGAUUGUAAGAAACCUAAAUUAGGUUACUAUUAA